AUUAAUAUAUUAACCCUAUUGCUACCAAUCCUAGUAGCCAUAGCCUUCCUAACCCUAGUAGAACGAAAAACCCUAGGAUAUAUACAACUACGAAAAGGCCCAAACGUAGUUGGCCCAUAUGGUGUACUCCAACCCUUCGCCGACGCUAUAAAACUAUUUACCAAGGAACCACUAAAACCUUUAACCGCAUCACUAACCCUUUUUAUUAUUGCCCCAACCCUGGCCCUCACACUAGCACUAUCCUUAUGAAUCCCACUACCAAUGCCCUACCCCCUACUCAACCUAAACCUAGGAGCCCUAUUCAUCCUAGCAACCUCAAGCCUAUCAGUAUACUCAAUCCUAUGAUCGGGUUGAGCCUCAAACUCCAAAUACGCACUAAUUGGAGCCCUACGGGCAGUAGCCCAAACAAUUUCAUACGAAGUAACACUAGCCAUUAUUCUCCUAUCCAUCCUCCUACUAUCAGGAUCCUUUUCACUAUUAUCAGUAAUCUCAUCACAAGAACUGACCUGAUUCCUACUACCGGCAUGACCAUUAGCCUUCAUAUGAUUUAUCUCUACACUAGCAGAAACAAACCGAGCCCCAUUUGAUCUAACAGAAGGAGAAUCUGAACUAGUAUCAGGCUUCAAUGUAGAAUACGCUGCAGGUCCAUUCGCACUAUUCUUCAUAGCAGAAUACACCAACAUCAUCAUAAUAAAUGCCCUAUCAACAAUCAUUUUUCUUGGAGCCGUGUAUAAUCCACACAACCCAGAACUAUUCACACUCAACUUCAUACUCAAAACAUUAAUUUUAACAACCAUAUUUUUAUGAAUCCGAGCAUCAUACCCACGAUUCCGAUAUGACCAGCUAAUACACUUAUUAUGAAAAAACUUUCUACCACUAACCCUAGCAUUCUGCAUAUGACACAUCUCAAUACCAAUAACUAUAGCAAGCAUCCCACCAUACACAU